AUGGAUAAUAAUAAUUUUGAACAAUUAUUAAAAAACUAUACUAAUGGUGAAACAGUAAAAAAAAAUAAUGACAGAGGAAUAAACUUUUAUUAUUCUAAAUAUAAUCCAGAGUUUUUUAAAGAAUUAAAAAACAGAGUGGAGUUUGAAAGAGAAAAAAUUUUACAAGUAUUAAAACAUGAUAACAUUGUUAAAUUAGAAAGUUCAAUCUUAUCAAUACUUUCAAAUAGAGUUUCAAUCUUACACCGUGACUCAACUUGCUUACCUGAUACAAGAUGUAGAUUAUGUUUUAGUGCUGAGGAAUCAAUUGAACAUUUAGUCGGUGGGUGUACUGGUAUGAACAAACAUGGUAGAAUUAAAUGUCAUGAUAGUAGUAACUGA